CAGUGCAAAAUGCUAAUUAUUUUUCAGCAGAUAUGCAAUACAAAGAGACUAGAAUCACCCAACGAAUUAACCAAACAUGCUUCAAGGAUAUCUAGGAAGUACAGAGGCUGUCAAUGAUCCACGAUUUUAUAUCCAUCAUAGGAAAGAAGAGUCGGAAGAGGCCGAAAGAGCGAUCAGAAAAUCUCAUGACUCGCUAGAGAGAAAACUCUUAAAAACACCAAAAGCAAUCAAAAGAGAGUUUCAAGAACGACUGCGAUUAAACAUAAGCGGAAAGGUGUACGAAUUGAGCAGGAAACAACUUGCAAAGUAUCCAAACAGUUUACUUUCAAGUCCUGCAAAGCGUUUAAGUUAUUGGGAUUCCAAAAGGAAGGAAUAUUUCUUUGAUAGAAAUCGCACCGUUGCAGAAUGCAUUUAUCAGUUUUACCAAAAUGGCGGCAACAUUUACCGUCCCGAGAACUUUCCAGAACAAAUAUUGGUGGACGAUCUCGAGUUUUUCGGAUUGUACGAGUACAUCGACGAGUUAGACAGAGAGAUGUUAGUGAUACCAAGGAUAAAAAAGAAAGCAAUCCUACCUACGAACUCAAUACAGCUUUGGAUUUGGAACUUAUUUGAGAGACCCGAAUCAGGAGUUUGCGCGCGGGUUUUCAAUUUAUUUGUCCUAGCGAUGAUUCUUUUCUCCACUACUUUACUCUGUAUGGAUUCCAUCGAAUUUAGAAGCUCUGCGGCAUACGCGAACAGAACAGUUACACACCAAGUGUUUCGAAAGCGUGACUUCAACAACUGGCUCCACAUUGCCGAAGCCUGUACCAUUGGAUUUUUCACUUUUGAGGUUCUCACUCGCUUUAUUGUCAGCCCGGAGAAACUUCGUUUCUUUACAAAGUUCCUCAACCUCGUCGACCUGAUAGCGAUCGUUCCGUUUUAUGUCACUCUUCUCCUUGAAGAAAACCGUAUGGCCACACCUCUUUCCAUUCUACGAGUUUUACGACUCAUCAGGAUUUUUCGCGUGUUGAAAAUUUCCCGCUAUAAUUCUCGGCUGAUAAUUCUGGGUAAAGCGAUGCAUGCCGGUAGAGGAGACCUCAUGAUGUUGCUCUUGCUGAUCUUUGUUUCGUGUUUGCUGUUCGCGAGCCUGGGGUAUUACAUGGAGCAGUUCUUCACGCCAGGGACCGAUUUCUAUAGCAUCCCGGACGCCAUGUGGUGGUCCUUCAUCACUAUGAGCGAUAUUGGAUACGGCGAUAUGGUCCCUAAAAGCUUAGGCGGUAAAAUAGUGGGUGCUUUUUGUGCACUGUCGGGGGUAAUGUGCGUCGCGCCUAUCCUGCCAAUCAUCUUCGACCGGUGGAGCCGGUUCAACAGGUUGGACCAUGAAUGCAAGAUGCUGGAUCGAUGCCGAAUGCAAAAGACUUCAGAUGUCAGGACAAGUAUGAAGAUCAACCAGAGCGGUGAUAUCGAUCACCUUAAGGUCAUCCGCGCCCAACCGGGACGGAGAAGAUCAAGGUUUAUUUAGCACGGGGAAUGCCUUGGAAAUGAUAUGUUUUGUAGGCUUUUUUAGCACGGGGAAUGCCUUGCAAAUGAUAUGUUUUGUAGGCUUAUUUAGCACGGGGAAUGCCUUGCAAAUGAUCUGUGCUGUAGACUGACUCAGUUCUAGAAUGCCUUGCACAUGGUCUGUGCUGUAGACUGACUCAGUUCUAGAAUGCCUUGCACAUGGUCUGUGCUGUAGACUGACUCAGUUCUGGAAUGCCUUGCACAUGGUCUGUGCUGUAGACUGUCUUAGUUUUGGAAUGCCUUCCACACGAUGUUUUUGCGUAGGCUUAUUUAAUUCGAGAAUGAUUUGCACUCUGUUUUUUUCAUCGUUUUGUAAACGUUUAUGUGAAUACGAAGAGAAUAGGGAUGGUGAUAAA